GCCAUUUUUCCACGAAUAAAAACUUGGAGGUGCAUCGAUGCGAAAAAUCUCAAAAUCGGACGAAUUUUGUUGUUUAGGCCGUCGGACAGCUGGACUGCUUUCAUCCUCGCCGCAUUAUUUAGUCCGGCGGAUGACUCCGAGCGGUGGGCGGUUGCGGUACUAGCGUGGUCUUCAUCGGCGUCCGGUAGUAAAUCGGCAGUUCCCAAAUUUCGGACGUCCCAACAGCUGCAGAUGGCUCUGUCCCACAGCAAAGCCGCCGUGGCAGCCAAGCAAAUCCGCCACGCUCGCACGUUUGUGAACGCCAAGGUGAAGUGGGUCAGGGACCCUUACCUCGACACGGCAGUGGAGAACGAGAAGAACCUCAAACCCUUGCUCACUCUCAAAUCAUUGAUCCUCUCCCAACCUUCUAAAACCCUACCGCUCCGAACUAUCUCCCCGUUGAAGCCCCAACUAAGGCUCCCAACCACCGCAUUGACAUUCAUCCAGAGGUACCCUUAUGUUUUUAAGAUUUUCCGGCCUCCAAACAGCCGCCUAUCUACUCCUCACGUGAAACUCACUCCAAAGGCUCUUUCCCUACAAAACGAGGAGGCACUGAUUACAGGCCUUUCAUUGUACCGGAAAGACGUUGCAGAACGGCUCGCGAAGCUCUUGAUGCUUGCUAGAGCUAGGAGACUCCCUCUGGAUGUGAUUGACAAGUUUAGGUUCGAUUUGGGCUUGCCCUAUGAUUAUAUACUCAGUUUUCUACCUGAAUUUCCGGACUAUUUUCAAAUUUGUGACAUGGGGUUUAGGGAUCCAUCACCAUCGGGUCCUCAAGUGUUUGGAUUGGAAUUGGUUAAAUGGAGAGAUGAUUUAGCAGUUUCGGCCAUGGAAGAGAGAGCGACGAGUGAGGUUUCUGAGAAUGGAAAGGGAGGGCACAUUAGGUUUUCUAUUAAUUUACCAGGAGGGUUUGAUUUGCAAAAGAGGGUGGCAAAUUGGGUUGAAGAGUGGCAAAACUUGCCUUACAUUUCUCCAUACGAGGAUGCUUUUCAUUUGAAUCCGAGCAGUGACCAGGCAGAGAAAUGGGCAGUUGCUGUGAUCCAUGAAAUGCUUAGUUUGCUAGUGUCAAAGAAGACAGAGAAGGAGAAUGUUUAUUCUUUUGGGGACUGUUUGGGGUUUGGGAUGAGAUUCAAAAAGGCUUUGGCUCAUCAUCCAGGGAUAUUUUACGUUUCUAAUAAAAUUAGCACACAGACUGUAGUUCUAAGGGAAGCUUUUAAGAAGAAUUUCUUAACAGAGAAGCAUCCAUUGAUAGGUAUCAGAUACAAAUACAUAUAUCUAAUGAACUUAGUGUUAAGAAGAGGCAUUCCCAUACAUGCUGGAGCGUUACGGUAUAGGAAACGCUUGGCCUCUAUUAAAGGGUGGAACUUUGGGGCAAAGAAAAAGAUCCGAAAACUAGUAAUGACAGAUGGUGACUUUUACAGUAAUGAUGAUUAAAAUCAUAAAACAGAGGAAGAAGUGGGUAAUAGAGGAAGUGGCUUGCCGAAAAGUUGGCUGGGUGUCUGAUUCUAAGACUGUAAGGAGGUUGCUGGUGAUAUGAUUCCAAAGGUCGUUCUUGAGCAGGUAUGCUUACCUGUAACUAUUUGUCUUGAAGUGUCUUGAAUACUUUUUAUCGCCUUGAAAGUUUUAUUGUAUAUCCUGUCCUGCUAUGACUAGAAUCUGUACCACUUUAAGUUGAUUAUGAAUGUCUUGUCAAUUGUUUUGCUACUUAAAAACCUUUUUGGGAUCAAAUAAUCAUUAAUCUGGUAGGGCACAAGUAACUAACAUCUUCUGGUGGUGGUUGUAAAAGUAGGGUCACUAAGGUGUGAAGUAUUGCAGGAAAUAAUCUGCAAGACUGCUAUUCAUGUGUUAUGCACCAAUUGUUGGUGGAGUAGUGGAGUUUGAUUUAGUAGAUGAUGAUUCAUAAUUGUACAGGUUUACAGUAUAAGAUAAAGUGUCUGUUUUGUAAAUGUUUGGCAUUGCUGAAACUGCUGGAUUUUAUUGAAGAGAAAGUGCUUUACAGUAGAACAUUUCAACCAAUUAGCUAAAUAAGUCAAAGCUACUUGGGGCUACCAAACAGAGCCACAGAUGUAUUGCUAUCCCCAAGCGUGUUAUAAAAUAUGAAGCUUAGGAGGAUUGCAAUCUGAUGUUGGAAGUGUGAGAAAGUCAAUCCCUAGUAGAUGAUGAUAGUUAGACUCUUCAAUUGACCAUGGUUAGUGUUUGGGAGAAGAUAAAGUUCUAUCAAGGCAUCAACUACUAGAAUUGAUAAUCAAUGUCCUUUAUUUGUGUACUCAUCAUGCAAGUGUUUGGCAAAAACGCAUUCGAGAAAUUCGAAAAGGGAUUCAUCUCAAUGCACUUCUCAGUUCUCAGAUCAACACAUAGGCUCACACAAGAAGAUUUUGGUUUUCAAAUUUGCGCUCCUGAAUGCUUAUGACUGGUCAGACCUGACCCGCCUGAUCGGUCUUGUGCCUCAUUACAUUGACUUGAUGGGAAAAUACAAGUUCAGCUCACAUGGAAGUUUUACAUCAGAUCUUUUGAAUCUCAAAAUAGAAAACAUUAGCACCUGUUUGGCAUGUGUUAUUUGGCUAAAUUUGCGGAGUUUUAUUAAAGUAAAAUUGUUUACUAAAAUUCAUUUUAGUCAAGUAAAUCAAAAGCUUGGUAUUUUGCAAAAGAUAUCCUUAAUAUUAUAUUUUCCUCCCUUGUUACAUUCUGCUUUUAGAAAUGUGGAAAUUAUACCAGGCUCAUCCAAAAGCGCACACAUCCCAAGGCAGCUGCAAGAAUUUUAUAAGAAACUGCAGAAUUCGAGGUAAAAAGCUUUUAUAAGGAAGAAGGGGAAGCUAAGCUAAGUGCAGAGGCUCUUUGCAGGAAAAGGCUAAAGAUCAUGCUUGUCAAUCAAUGAAGGGUAUGCCUAAAAUGAAGAUGACCCAUGCUCAAUAGUUUGUAGUUGAUCUAUUUGGAGUUAAGUGUGUUCUCUGAUUUCAAGCUAAAUUUUCUUCAACGAUUCUGCCCUCAGGGAUUGAAUUCCUGUAGUAAGGUGUCUUUCUUUCUUUAGCCAUAUGUUUUAAUUCGAUCCAGUAUGCACAAACACGAUAAAGUAAUAAAUUUUGUUCGGUG